AUGGACCCUUUCAAACAGUUUCUUAGUACUGAAGAAUGUAGCAGCGCAGAAUCUGGGUGGACCCAAUACUUGGUUUCUCACAAGGAAGACCGUUAUAAAGAGUAUCGGAAUAUCGAAGAUAAUGGCGAAGGAGCCAGUGAUGAUUCAAUGGUAUCUGAUGCCUCGUCCGGUCCUAGCAAGCAUCGGUAUAAACACGAGGAUGGUGAAUGUAAAGGGAGUCAUGGCAAUGCUCAUCACAAGUAUGGUUCAUGCAAGGAAGUGAAGAACUAG